AUGAAACCAGAAGAACUUCAAAAAUGUAGAAGUGAAAGUACAAUGGGAGAAUUUCAAAGUACACCAACAACUGAACAACACUCUGGGAUUAAAAAAAUCCCAAAUGCUAUAGUUGGGUAUAGCUCAAUGCAAGGAUGGAGAAAAACUAUGGAAGACGCUCAUCUUAUUACAGACUUAUUAGAAGAUAAAGGAUUGAUUGGAAUUUAUGAUGGUCAUGGAGGAAUACAAGCAUCUCAGUACUGUGCCAAUGAAAUGAAGAAAACACUAUUGAAUUCUCCUCACUUCCCCUCGUCUAUUCAAGAAUCUUUAACUGAAACAUACCUUUCUUUGGACGCAAAGUUAAAGACCCCAGAAGGGUCAAAGAUGCUUGCUGAUAUUUGUAAAACUGAAAAUUACGACAACCAAAUGUUGGUUAAUGGAAGUUGUGAGGUUGCUAAAGAUAUUGGAUCUACUGCAUUAACUCUUGUCAUUAAUGAAAAUGAAAUAGUUAUUGCUAAUGUUGGAGACUGUAGAUGUCUUUUAUUGAAGAAUGACAAUGAAAUUCUUCAAUUAACUACUGACCAAAGACCUAAUGUUAAGUCUGAGGUUGAUAGAAUUGUUUCAUGUGGAGGAGUUAUUCGAAACGGUAGAGUUAAUGGAAACCUUUCACUAACUAGGGCUAUUGGAGAUCUUCAAUUUAAGAAAGGAAAUGACGUUAAUAAAUAUAUUAUUUCACCAAUCCCAGAAAUCACUACAUACGAGUUAGAAGGAACUGAAGAUUUCCUUGUUAUGGCAUGUGAUGGUAUUUGGGAUGUUUUAAGCAAUGAAGAUGUAGUUACAAUUAUUAAAGAAGGUGUUGAAAAUGGUUUAAAGUUGAAUGAAAUUUGUGAACAAAUCUUAAAGAAGUGCCUUUCUGAAAAUCCUUAUGAAGCCCCAGGUUUUGAUAAUAUGACUUUGAUUGUUGCUGUGUUUGACAGAGCAGAAAAUAAAUGGAGAAGAUGCUGUCCUGGUGGAGAUGUUAUAUCAUGA